AAAAAAUCUGUUUGCAGCCGGCUUAACCCAGAAGAUUGUGGGAGUAAAGUGAUGAAAUUUGGAGCAAUACAUUGGCAUAAGUUCUUUCCUGCCAUCAUCAUGGAGGAACACAAUGGAGCACCUUGGCUAUUUAGACACAAGCUACCAUGGAGUUGUGACCUUCGAGGAGGUGUCCUUGCAUUUCACUGAGGAGGAAAGUGUCCUCCUAGAUCCAGGCCAGAGACCUCUGUACAAGCAGGUCAUGCGGGAGAUUCAUGAGACGAUGACCUCUCUGGGAGAUACCUGGAGGAUCACAGCUGAGGAAGAACCAUCAGAAGUGUCACAACAAAGAGCCAAGGAGCCGAAGGAGAAACCAAACUUGGGAAGUGAGGAAGGAGCAGAGAUACAAGAGGGAAGACAAACACAGAACCUGUGGGAUGAAUCCAGAGCUUCUCACAGGGAUGAAAAUAAGAUUCAGGAGAGCACUUUUCACCUAAAGAUAACGAGCAUGUCUCCUGAGUACAGUAAAAUCUUAAGUUGCCAAAAAGGCUUGAGUACACAUCAGACAAGGUAUAUGAGAGAGAGACCCUAUAAAUGCUUGGAGUGUGGAAAGAGUUUUAAUCAGAGUUACAGUCUUCAGAGACAUCAAAAAACUCAUACAGGGUAUCAAUGUCUUGAAUGUGGAAAAAGCUUCAGUGCAAAUCGCUAUCUUACUAGACAUCACAGAACUCAUACAGGAGACAAACCUUAUCAAUGCAUGGAGUGUGGAAAGAGCUUCAGCCAGAGCUACUCUCUUACGUUGCAUCGCAGAACUCAUACAGGGGACAAACCUUACAAAUGCCUUGAGUGCGGAAAGAGCUUCAUUAACAACAGCUCCCUUAGAUUACAUCAAAGAAUUCAUACAGGGGAGGAACCUUAUAAAUGCUUGGAGUGUGGAAAGGGGUUCAUUCAGAAAAGCAGCCUUGUUACACAUCAGAUAACUCAUUCAGGAGACAAACCACAUAAAUGCUUGGAGUGUGGAAAGAGCUUCGUUCAGAAAAGCAACCUUGUUAUACAUCAAGUAACUCAUUCAGGGGACAAACCACAUAAAUGCUUGGAGUGUGGAAAGAGCUUCAAUCAGAAAAGCAAUCUUGUUAGACAUCAAAUAACUCAUUCAUGGGACAAACCACAUAAAUGUUUGGAGUGUGGAAAGAGCUUCAGACACAGUUACUACCUUAUUUCACAUCAAAGAACUCAUACAGGGGAGAAACCUUAUAAAUGCUUGGAGUGUGGAAAGAGCUUCGUUCAGAAAAGCAACCUUGUUACACAUCAAAUAAUUCAUUCAGGGGACAAACCCCAUAAAUGCUUGGAGUGUGGAAAGAGCUUCGUUCGGAAAAGCAGCCUUAUGAGACAUCAAAUAACUCAUUCAUGGGACGAUCCACAUAAAUGUUCGGAGUGUGGAAAGAGCUUCAGUCACAGUUACUCCCUUACUUCACAUCAAAGAACUCAUACAGAGGAGAAACCUCAUAAAUGCAAGGAGUGUGGAAAGAGCUUCAGGCACAGUUUCUCCCUUACUUUACAUCAAAGCAAUCAUACAGGAGAUAAACAUCAUGAAUGCACGGAGUGUGGAAAGAGCUACAGUAACCAUAGCCACCUUAGUAGACAUCAAAGAACUCAUAGAGGGGACACGCCUUAUAAAUGCUUCCAGUGUGGAAAGAGCUUCAGAUACAGAUACUCCCUUACUUUGCAUCAAAGAACUCAUACAGGGGACAAACCUUAUGAAUGCAUGGAGUGUGGAAAGAACUUCGUUGUCAGUAGCUCCCUUACAUCACAUCAACGAAUUCAUACAGGGGAGAAACCUUAUAAAUGCCUGGAAUGUGGAAAGAGCUUCAGUGAAAGUGGUAAUCUUACUACACAUCAAAGAAUUCAUACAGGGGACAAACCUUAUAAAUGCAUGGAGUGUGGAAAGAGCUUCAGAUACAGUUACUCCCUUAGUUCGCAUCACAGAACUCACAGGGAAGAAACCUUAUAAAUGCCUGGAGUGUGGAAAGAGCUUCACUGACAGUGGGUCCCUUACAGGACAUCACAGAACUCAUGCAAAGGAGAAACCUUAUAAAUG